GGGGAAGCCGACGCCCCCGACAGCGGCCGAACCCUCGUCCAGAAGACCCACGGGGACGGCGAUCGUCUCCAUGAAGAAACACGAUGAAGAUCCGAUACGAAGUGAAGGGCGGACCUUCCUUGCAUCCUUAUCAUCAGGAACCGGCGAGAUCCAUCGUGUCCUUCUGGAAAUAUUACAAGCUGAAGGGGAAGGAUAGACAUACGAAACAGCUGCCCGAAGCGAGUUUUCAGACGCAAGAUUUUUCGCAAUUUCGUUGUGAAAAUGACGACAUUGUGGGAACAGCUGAUCUCCGACCGGCUGUGUGGAGCUCCGCCCCCAUCACGUGGUCUACUACGAAACAGCUGGUCCAGGAUCCCAUUUUCUAUGUUAAGGAAAUGCUCGAGUUUCUCAGAAUUCCUGUGGACGACGGUCGACUCCAGUGCCUCGAGGACCACCUACAAGGGUCAUUCAAGCGUCCUAACAAGAAGGAAACUGACCCUUACAGCGAAGAGGAAAAACUGGCCCUGUCCUAUGCUGUGAAGAGAGUGAAAAGGCUGUUGAGGAUAAUGGGCUAUGCUGAGAUGCCGGUGUACGGGGAACUCUCGUAAUGCACGUACACAGAGGGAUACACACGUAGGCACGUACACAGAGGAAUACACACAUAGAAACGUACACAAAGGAAUACACAUAGACACG